GGCACGCGGAAGGCGCUGGUGACUGAGCGACUGGCGGGGCCGGCGGGGACCGGAGCUCCGGGCUCGGUGGGUCCCCAGCUGCACCGGACGGAUCCCCAGGGGUGGGCAGUUAGGGAGGUCUACUCGGGCCCCCUGCCCGCACCCGCCAUGGCGGAGAAUUGGAAGAACUGCUUUGAGGAGGAGCUCAUCUGCCCCAUCUGCCUGCACGUCUUCGUGGAACCGGUGCAGCUGCCGUGCAAGCAUAACUUCUGCCGGGGCUGCAUCGGCGAGGCUUGGGCCAAGGACAGUGGCCUGGUGCGCUGCCCGGAGUGCAACCAGGCCUACAAUCAGAAGCCGGGCCUGGAGAAGAACCUGAAGCUCACCAACAUCGUGGAGAAGUUCAACGCCCUGCACGUGGAGAAGCCGCCGACGGCACUGCACUGCGUGUUCUGUCGCCGCGGCCCCCCGCUGCCGGCGCAGAAGGUCUGCCUGCGCUGCGAGGCUCCCUGCUGCCAGUCCCACGUGCAGACGCACCUGCAGCAGCCCUCCACCGCCCGCGGGCACCUCCUGGUGGAGGCGGACGACGUGCGGGCCUGGAGCUGCCCGCAGCACAACGCCUACCGCCUGUACCACUGCGAGGCCGAGCAGGUGGCGGUGUGCCAGUACUGCUGCUACUACAGCGGCGCGCAUCAGGGACACUCGGUGUGCGACGUGGAGAUCCGGAGGAAUGAGAUACGGAAGAUGCUGAUGAAGCAGCAGGAGCGGCUGGAGGAGCGAGAGCAGGACAUCGAGGACCAGCUCUACAAGCUCGAGUCAGACAAGCGCCUGGUGGAGGAGAAGGUGAGCCAGCUGAAGGAAGAGGUGCGGCUGCAGUUUGAAAAGCUUCACCAGCUGCUGGACGAGGACUUGCGGCAAACAGUAGAGGUCCUGGACAAGGCGCAAGCCAAGUUCUGCAGCGAGAACGCGGCGCAGGCGCUGCACCUUGGGGAACGCAUGCAGGAGGCCAAGAAGUUGCUGGGCUCCCUGCAGCUUCUCUUCGAUAAGACAGAAGAUGUCAGCUUCAUGAAGAACACCAAGUCUGUGAAGAUCCUAAUGGACAGGACCCAGACCUGCACGGGCAGCAGCCUUUCUCCCCCUAAGAUCGGCCACCUGAACUCCAAGCUCUUCCUGAACGAGGUGGCCAAGAAGGAGAAGCAGCUGCGGAAGAUGCUGGAAGGUUCCUUCAGCACGCCGGUGCCCUUCCUACAGAGCGUCCCCCUGUACCCUUGUGGUGUGAACAGCUCUGGGGCAGAAAAGCGCAAGCACUCGACAGCCUUCCCGGAGGCCAGCUUCCUUGAGACGUCAUCCGGCCCUGUGGGCAGCCAGUAUGGGGCGGCGGGCACAGGCAGCGGCGAGGGCCAGUCUGGGCAACCCCUGGGGCCCUGCAGCUCCACACAGCACUUGGUGGCCCUGCCAGGUGGUGCCCAACCAGUACACUCGAGUCCUGUGUUUCCCCCAUCGCAGUACCCCAAUGGUUCCGCCACCCAGCAGCCCAUGCUUCCCCAAUAUGGCGGCCGCAAGAUUCUCGUCUGUUCCGUGGACAACUGUUACUGUUCUUCCGUGGCCAACCAUGGUGGCCACCAGCCGUACCCCCGAUCCGGCCACUUCCCUUGGACAGUGCCCUCACAGGAGUACUCACACCCACUUCCACCCACACCCUCCGUCCCUCAGUCCCUCCCUGGCCUGGCAGUCAGAGACUGGCUCGACGCUUCCCAGCAGCCUGGCCACCAGGAUUUCUACAGGGUGUAUGGGCAGCCGUCCACCAAACACUAUGUGACAAGCUAACGCCAAGCAGACAGUGGACGCUGGGGACCCUCCCCCAGCCCCGGUGGCUCGGGAGUUAUGCAUCCAGAGACCUGCCCUUCUCUCUACCCUCCUCCCCGUCCUCCAGUCCUCCAGGUCUUUUCCUUUUGGAUUUUGUUUUAUUUAGGGCCUUUUGUUUGGAUUUUUUUUUUAUGCAUCUCCUGGAUGAGGAGGUGAUAGUGGGAGCUGGCCUGGGUAGGGGCUGCAGGUGGCCCUGGAGGUGGGCAGUGCCUCAAGGCGCUGAGCUCUCUCUCUCCCUCCCCCCCUUCUCUCUCAUUCUUUUUUAAAUCCCACUCCCUCCCCUUCACACCCCCCAUGGCUGGGAGAAGCCUUGGGGUACCCACUCUCCUCACUUACCCUGGGAGAUGGCCCAGUGCCCACUGGCCUGUUUCUCCUCCAAUUUUUCUUCUGGACAGGUUGAUCACUGAUGGAGUAAAGAAUGACCUAUAGAUUGUGGAGGGUUUUUCUGUUUUGUUUUUUAAUUUUUUUAAACCAAGAAUGAUUUCUUCUGCCUCCUCACCAUCUUCCCAGACGGAGUUCAAGGCCACAUCUCAAGCAGCUUUUGGCACCUUCAGCCUGAGUGGAACCUUUCAAAGCCAGGAGCCCCAAGUCCAGGAACGUUGAAAAAAGAACUUUGCCAAUGAUAGUGACCACAGCGAAAGCAAAUAAUAAUAAUAUUAAUAAUAAUAAAGAGAAAUAAAAGAAAUAAUGAAUAAAACAGCACAGCCCUUAUUGGGGUCAGUGGAGGAGGGCGGCCCAGAUUUGGGUCCUACCUGGAUUUUGAUAGCGCUCCUUCCUAUAGUGAGCACCUUGUAUGAAUCUUGGACUUCUGUUCUCAAGAGACAGGUAUUUAUUCUGUAAUCUGUCUAGAGCACACACACACUGAAAUCCAACCUUCUAAUAAACAUGAUGGCGCAGCCCUGCCCUG